AUGAAGAAAUUGGAAGAUCAGGCCGAGGCCGCUACUAAGGCCCAGCGGAUGGCCGAAGAAAAAGCGGAGUCUGCUGAGGCUAUUAACAAGGUUGCCGAAGUUGAAAAGAAGGAGUUUAAAUCAAAAAUGGUUCAGGCUGAGAAAGAGCUUCAGGAGGCUCUGGCCACAAAAAAGGCCGAAAUCAAAGAAGUCGAUGAGAAGGCCUACGCCCAGGAUGACUCGCCGUUGCGUAAGGCUGAAGCUAUUCCUCUUCCAUUUCCUCCUCUUCCACCUCCAAAUCAGGCUGAAGAGGAAUCUGAGUCUGAGUCUGAAGCCGAAGAUGAGGAUAAGGAUGAUGACCUGACUCAUGAAGAGGAUGAGGAGGUUAUUAAGGAGGCAACUCCUGAACAGGCAUCUUCCGACAUUCCUCCAGCCGAAAAAAGUCUUGAUGAAACUCUUGCAGAGAUUGACGCCGAGAUUGAAGCAGAAAAGAUUGCCGAGGAGGUUCCACUAGAAUCUUCCGAGGUCCCAGCGCCCCUAGCUGUUAAUGCUGAAGAAUCCUGA